UCGCGGGAGAACGGUUCGGUUUGACUGACGGACCGUUAGGACCGGGACCGGUAGGAGCGGCUGAUGACCCGGGCUCUAGCUGCUUUGCAGCUGGGCUACGGGGGGCACUCGCUUGACGGAGCCGUUGUCGCGGGCCCAGGUAGAAAGCUGAAGGUGGAGAACAUUCAUUGGGGGUUGCCAUGGUCCCGAAGCCAUCAUCCGGGGAGCUGUGGGGGCUCCACCUCAUGCCCCCACGCAUCCUGGUGGACUGCUGCCUCCCCAACGGAAUGCUGGUGAGUCUGGAAUGUCUACGAGAGGCCCCUCUGGCCAACAUCAAACAGCAACUCUUUACUGAAGCCAGGAAGUACCCUCUCUACCAUCUCCUUCAGGAGGAGUCGUGCUACAUCUUUGUGGGCGUGACCCAGGAGGCGGAGAGGGAGGAGUUUUACGACGAGGCGCGGCGUCUUUGUGACCUCCGCCUCUUCCACCCCAUCCUCAAGGUCAUCGAGCCCCUGGGGAACCGGGAGGAGAAGAUCCUCAACAGGGAGAUAGGUUUUGCCAUCGGGAUGCCUGUGUGUGAGUUUGAGCUGGUGAAGGACCCGGAGGUGCAGGACUUCCGUCGGUCAAUACUGAGCGUGUGCAGAGAGGCCAUGGAGGAGCGGGAGGCCGGGGGGGCUCCUAGCCUGGCCCUCUACGUGUACCCCCCCAACGUGGAGUCCUCCCCCGAACUACCCCAACACAUCUACUACAAACUGGACAAGGGAAGGCUAAUGGUUACCAUCUGGGUGAUUGUUAGUCCAUCCAACUCUAAACAAAAAUACACUCUGAAGGUGAGCCACGACAGUCUGCCAGAGCAGCUGAUAGCGGAGUCUAUCAGGAAGAAGACUCGCUCCAUGCACCUGUCAGCCCAGCAGCUGAGACUGUGUGUCCUGGAGUACCAGGGACAGUACAUACUGAAGGUGUGUGGAUGCGACGAGUAUCUCUUGGAGAAGUACCCUCUAAGUCAGUACAAGUACAUCCGGUCCUGUAUAACUGUGGGUCGUCUUCCUCACCUGAUGCUGGUCUCCAAGGAGAGCCUGUACUCCCAGCUGCCAGAGUCGGGCUUUGUCAUGCCCUCGUACAGUCGCAGGACCCCCCAGCCGUCCCCAUGUCCAGGGGGAGACCCUACCUCUCCUCCCAGGAGUCUGUGGGCCUUCAACAACCUGCUGAGGGUCCGGCUGCUCUGCGCCACCUACGUUAACGUCAACAUCCGAGACAUCGACAAGAUCUAUGUCAGGACCGGUAUUUAUCACGGUGGAGAACCACUUUGUGACAACGUCAACACACAAAGGGUCCCCUGCUCUAACCCCAGGUGGAAUGAGUGGCUGUCCUAUGAUAUCUACAUGGCUGAUAUCCCUCGCUCAGCCAGACUCUGUCUCUCCAUCUGCUCUGUGAAGGGAAGGAAAGGAGCUAAGGAGGAGCAUUGUCCUCUAGCGUGGGGCAAUGUGAAUCUGUUUGACUAUAAGGACACGAUGGUGAGUGGGAAGGUGGCUCUGAGUCUGUGGCCAGUUCCCCACGGCCUGGAGGACCUGCUCAACCCCAUCGGAGUCGCUGGUUCCAACCCCAACAAGGAGACUCCCUGUGUGGAGUUGGAGUUCUGCUGGUUCAACCAGACGGUUGUAUUUCCAGACGACCAACAGAUUGAAGAACAUGCCAACUGGACUAUCAGCAGAGAGCUGGGCCUCACCUACUGUCUGAGUGUGUCCGCAGCCGAGGUGGAGCAGCUCCAGAGUCUGUGCUCUAAAGACCCGCUCUAUGAACUCUCAGAGCAGGAGAAGGACUUCCUCUGGAGACACAGACACUACUGUGUUAAUAUCCCAGAGUCUCUCCCCAAACUGCUGCUGUCUGUCAAGUGGAACUCCAGAGACGAAGUCUCACAGAUGUACUGUCUGCUGAAGGACUGGCCAUUGAUGCAGCCAGAGUCUGCCUUGGAGCUGUUGGACUGUAACUUUCCUGAGCCCGUUGUCCGAGAGUUCGCCCUACGCUGCCUUCUCCAGGGUCUGAGUGACGACAAGCUGUCACAAUACCUACUGCAGCUGGUCCAGGUACUGAAGUAUGAGAUGUACCUGGACAACCCUCUGGCUCGCUUCCUGAUCAAGAAAGCUUUGACCAAUCAGAGGAUAGGACACUUCUUCUUCUGGCAUCUCAAGUCAGAAAUGCACAACAAGACAGUGUCGCGUCGUUUUGGUUUGCUCCUUGAAGCGUUCUGCAGAUCCUGUGGGAUGUACCUGAAGCACCUGAACAGACAGGUAGAGGCUAUGGAUAAACUUGUGAACCUGACAGACACACUGAAACAAGAGAAGAAGGAUGAGACCCAGAAGACUCAGAUGAAGUUCCUGGUUGAACACAUGUCCCGUCCGGACUACAUGGAUGCCCUGCAAGGAUUCAUCUCUCCUCUGAACCCUGUCCACCAGCUGGGCAACCUCAGGCUGGAGGAGUGCAGGAUCAUGUCGUCAGCCAAGAGACCCCUGUGGCUGAACUGGGAGAACCCGGACAUCAUGUCAGAGCUCCUCUUCACCAACAACCAGGUCAUCUUCAAGAACGGAGACGACCUACGUCAGGACAUGCUGACGUUGCAGAUCAUUAAGAUCAUGGAGAACAUCUGGCAGAACCAGGGACUGGACCUACGUAUGUUGCCGUACGGCUGCCUGUCUAUAGGAGACUGCGUGGGGCUCAUAGAGGUGGUGAGGAACAGCUACACCAUCAUGCAGAUCCAGUGUAAGGCCGGCCUGAAGGGGGCGCUGCAGUUCAACUCCAACACCCUGCACCACUGGAUCAAAGACAAGAACAGAGGAGAGGCGUAUGACCGAGCUAUAGACCUGUUCACAAGGUCGUGUGCAGGUUACUGCGUGGCCACCUUCAUCCUGGGCAUCGGAGACCGACACAACUCUAACAUCAUGGUGAAAGACAACGGACAGCUGUUCCAUAUAGACUUUGGUCACUUCCUGGACCACAAGAAGAAGAAGUUUGGCUACAAGAGAGAGAGAGUUCCCUUCGUCCUUACUCAGGACUUCCUUCUCGUCAUCAGCAAGGGCAGCCAGGAGUGUACCAAGACCAAAGAGUUUGACAGGUUCCAGGAGAUGUGCUACAAAGCUUACCUGGCCAUUCGUCAACACGCCAGUCUCUUCAUCAACCUCUUCUCACUGCUGCUGGGUUGCGGGAUGCCUGAACUGCAGAGCUUUGAUGACAUCGCCUACCUCAGGAAGACCCUGGCUCUAGAGAAGACCCAGCAGGAGGCAUUGGAGUAUUUUACCAAGCAGAUGAACGAUGCUCACCAUGGAGGCUGGAGCACCAAAAUGGACUGGAUCUUCCACACCAUCCGACACAUGCCUAAUGAACACUAACUAAUGUGUAUAUAGAUCCACACACACACACACACACACACACACACACACACACACACACACACACACACACACACACACACACACACACACACACACACACACACACACACACACACACACACACACACACACACACACAUACAUUUGAAUGCACUAGUUGUUGGAUGACUGUGAUGGUGGCAAGUUUGUGGAGGAUGUCAUAGCAACGUAAACUAUGAGAGGGAAUUUCUGCACAAAAAGGUCAAAUUGGACCUGGGGCGCUUUGUACAUCAGCAAUAGAGGUUUUAUAACGAUGUCAAAGUGUUUCAGGCUGUAUAUUCCUUUAUGCACACCUUGAUGACCCUUAGUUGCAUACAAAUAAGUAAACUAUUGAUUUCUGCUGACCAUCACUUUAAAGAGCCAGUGAACCCAAAGGAAACAGAAAAACAUGUUUUAAGUGUUGUCAAUUUUCUUAUACGAUCGUCCACGUUCCACUCUGCUGCGUCGAAGGUGGCGUCCUUUCCCUGAAGUCUGAGGGCCUUUUCUGAGGCCCUCAGACGUCACGACCAAGGGCCCCGGCGAUGUGUGGAGCUCCGUCUGGGCAGCGGUUUAUUCAAUACCCGCGUCCGAGGGUUAGGCUUCCCGGACACACGAAGUAUAAGGCUACGGUGUGGGUGGAUAGUCAAGUUGAUAAUCAGGUUAAUCAAAUAGUGUUCGGAGGCCAUCUGAAACCGUGGCUUCUCUGGCUCUUUAAAUAUAUUCAGAUUGAUUAUAAAGUUAAUGAAAUAUGCAACUUAACCUGCUGCUGUCUGUGCACUAAUACCUGAGCUGUACUCUGGGGACCAGUAUAGACUACCAGCCACAUGGAGACUUUAAAACACUAGCUGCACCGUGAGGACCAAUAAAUACUACCUUUAUCAUGGGAACUAACAUACACUAGCUGCAUCGUGGGGACCACUAGUGACAAACUGCACCGUGGGGAACAAUAGACUACCUUUAUCAUGGGGACUAACAUACACUAGCUGCAUCGUGGGGACCACCAGUGACAAACUGCACCGUGGGGACCAAUAGAGACUACCUUUAUCAUGGGGACUCACAUACACUAGCUGCAUCGUGGGGACCACUAGUGACAAACUGCACCGUGGGGACCAAUAGACUACCUUUAUCAUGGGGACUCACAUGCAAUAGCUGCUGUCUAUCACGCACAUCCUUGUGUGUGUAUCUGAUCGGAGCAUCGGUAGUUGCACAGCAGUUCACACCCGCGCAAGGGUGAGGGUCAGCAAUAGACACUAGCUGCUCUUAGACAGCUCUUUUGACUACAGCCGUCUUUUAACAGACAGUUGUAGCCCCUCCCAAAGACAUAGCCCCUCCACUUUAUCCCAGAUCAAACAACUGAUUGGUUGAAUCUAAAUUGACAAUCAGUAAGAUUGCCGCCUAAACCCGACCAGCAAUUUAACUCUAGCGUGAACACCUACUGUGUUUGUUAUCCAGCAGGUGAACUGUAGCAACACCUGGUGUGUUUUUUAACCGGCACGUGAACUGUGUUUAACCAGAGGAACUGUAGCACACCCGCUGUGUCCUCUGAUCAGGGAAGUGUUGACAAUCUGAAGCAAGCACCUUUGAAAAGCUUCUCCAUUCUGCACACUAGACAAACUCCAAGGCCCCCAUCUGAUAUCUUCUCCUACAACCUUUCUCAUUGAUUAGCUGUCGGCCAUUUCUGGCUGAGAUAUCCCUCUCCAUUCACAUUAGUUACAUCGCUGUUUCUAAUUCAGACCAGGAAUCGAAAAAGCUGUUGAAUCUACCUAGGAGGAUGUAGACUACCGAGGAAGCAUUCUACCCACCUUAGGGAGCAACCUACCCACCUUGGAAGAGCCAACCAUGGAAGCACCCUAACCACUUAGGAAGAAGCAUCCUCCCUACAUAGGAAGCACCAUACCUAGGAAGCACACCAGGAAGGAUGCCACCGAGGACCUGCUCAGGUCAAAGUUCAUAUUUCUCUUGCGUGCUGUUGCCAGGACAACCUAUUUAACUCGUCUGAUAGUUUUGGUCGUCAUAGUGACUGCAGGUGUCACACGGACCCUCUGUGAUUGGUGAUUCUUGAUUAUCUCUACUGCCACGGCUGUAUUUUUUACUGUAAGAAUAAAAUGUUUUCUCUGUACUCUCUUAAAUACCUAUGUUAAUAACCAAUGUAAUGAAAUGAUUACAUUGCAUUAAAUGACCCUGUCAGUGCGA